CUCUGAAUAUCACAUAGGCACUCACACAUAUACAGACACAUUGCUACUCCAGCUUUUUCUCUUGCCUCCUUCUCUCACAGCCUGUCAAGCCUGAAUAAUUAACUCCAUCAUUCCAUUUUUAAAAAUUGAGGUGGUUGCUUUGUUGUGUCCAAGUUAAAGCUAUUCAUAUUGCUGCUGUCUGUCUAUGAGCUAGCUUUCUCCAAAUCCCCUCAGGUGUUGAAAUUCUUAGUUUGAUCCGUCCAACCAUGAUUCAAGGAGUACCAUGAUAGAAGAAUUCGCCACUUGUUAUAUAUUUAGUAUUGGUUUUAUUACUUGGACUCACCUAUGGGAAGUAUAAAUGGUGGCAUGAGGGAGGAAAAUGUUCAAUGAGCUUCAUCACAGAAAGCUGCAAUUUUGCUACAUCUUACAACAGGCAUGGGAACCAAAAUUGAAUAUUCCAUAAAUCCUCUAGCAUACUCAGUAGACUGCAAAAACUUCACUGUUGAUGGUGUGGAUGUUUGGGAGCAUAAUCUGAAGAAAGAACUUGCUUAUAACAACAACCAGUGCAGUAUUGGGAUGGAUAAAUUGCAAGUUUCCAUGGAUAAGAUGCUUGACAGAAACAAUAUAGAGUCCAUCAAAAAGACCAUGCAGAUGCAUGAGGAAAUCUUCAAACACCAGGUAAGGGAACUACACCGGGUAUACAGUGUACAAAAGAUGCUGAUGGGUGAGCUCAAACAACAUAAAUUUUGGACCUCCAUGAACAACAUAGGUACAAACAAUCCAUAUGUGGUUAAACAACAACAACAGCAAACAACACAAAUUUCAUAUGGUACUGAUUUCCAUGUUGGAAGUUUGAGAGAGGAUCUACAUGUAAAGGAAGGGAGUGGAAGUUGUUCUGGAGAGAGGAACAUAAAAAGGCAAAGAGAUUUUGAUCUUGAAAGGCCUGCUGCUGAGAGAGACAUUUUUGCAAGAGGCUGUGAUGAAGGUGAGGCAGGACCAAGCUCCUACACUGCAUUUCAGAGUUGCAAAAUAAGCAAUGAUGAUGAAGACAUGGAAGUGGAUUUGAGUUUAAGUAUAGGAGGAAGGAGCAGCCAUGUUAAGAAGAAAAAACCUUAUCUGCUUCCAUUGGGAUUCUCAGGCUCAUCACCCAUAGGGAAAACUAGGGAGUUCAAUUCUUCUAUCUCUUUUCAAUCAGAUAAUAAAGUGGGAGAUUGCAGUGACCCCACCACCCCCAUGAGCAGCUCCAGUGUUACAUUUGAUCAAGAAAAAAGGGGGCCACAUUGGCUUUCUCAAGGCUUAAAGCUUAAAUAGUAGUUUGACUUGUUUCAUAGUAUCUUAAUAUCUUUCCUCUCAAAUCUACAUGGACCACUGAGUUUAUAUGGUUCAUGUGUUUGAGUUUUUUACUUUAUUCCAAUAAAUGGAUAACUUAUACACCCAUUUCUGAGUGACCCUUUCUGUAAAUAGGCAGACCUAGUUUGAAUUGCUUCUUAAAUUA